AUGGACACAUUAUUUGUUUCGACAGCAUCGAAAAGUACUUCUUCACUAGAUGCAUUAUUUAAUUUGGAAGAACACGUUUUAUUGUCGAUCGUAGUACUUUCUGCACAGGCCAUGAGUAUGAACGAAUGGAAUGAAUCGAUAUGGUCGAGAAUAUUUGUGUAUAUUAUACCACCUUAUUGCAUUACAUCAUGCGAUAAAGCACAUGGUUAUUUCACACAUUACCUAUCUCGAUGUAUAGUUGGUGUUGAAGUCUUGAAUGAAUUGAAUUGUGUUAAAUCAUUGAUUGAAAGUAAAGAACAAAUGAAAAAAGAUCAUAAUGAAAAAGAAUAUUCAAAUAUUGAUUUUAUUCAAUCAAUAACUUAUGCUUUACUUGUUGAAGCUGAUGAAAUUAAACAAAAUUUUCUUCUUGCUGAUCAAGUAAUGUGUUAUAUUCUUGAACAAUUAAUUUCCUUAAUAUUAAAAAUGCAUCUCAAUGUAAUUCAUUAA